CUUUAGUAAACGUUCUCUCAAAAUCACCUGGACGCGCAUUGUAAAAUCUUCCCAGCACGAAGUCAAGAACCUACACCUCACUCCAGGCCAGGGACGCGAAUGGCUCAGGCGGGCUCCGUUCUCAUGACAGUUGCAGGAUGGAGGCUCUAGCUUUUGGCUGGCUGCUGGCUGGGGUGGCCACUGUUCCUAGAGGCCACAUCAGUGCUUUGCUAUUGGAGCUUCUCCAACAUGCUUGCUUAGUUCAUCCCGCCCACAGAAGAGCCUGCAGUCGGGUAAGGAGUUUAUGUAAAAGUGACCCUAGGAAUGACAUCCCAGCAAGUCAGAGCCGCCCACGCUCCCGCUCCCGGUGCAGGCGCUGCAGGUCCGCCACCGCGCAGCAGGCGGCGCCGCGCUCGCCUCCUCCGCUCCUUGAACGCGCGCCUUGGGCCGGGUCCCCGCCGGAGGCCCUUCCGCGCCGGCGGCCGGAUGGCGGACGUGUCCGAGAGGAAGCUGCAGCUGGCGGUGCUGCUGGCCUUCGCCUCCGGGGUGCUCGUGGGCUGGCAGGCGAACCGGCUGCGGAGGCGCUACCUGGACUGGAGGAAGCGGAGGCUGCAGGACCAGCUGGCGGCGGCGCAGAAGAAACUGGACCUGGCCUGAGCGCGGACCUGGGCCCCGCCGCUCCCGCGCCCCCUCGCCUUGCCCACGCCCGUGGGGUGAGGGGUGGGAGGCCCGCCUGAGCCAGGCGCCCUCACACCCCACCCGCCAGCUAGGCUCCUCUGCAGUGUCGCUCGUUGAAGAUGGAUAUAGAGCACUGGACAGAAAUUAUUUCUCCUUGCACUUAUGCACCAAUUUUAUUUUUAAAAUAAAAUGUCAAACACC